CUCUAUUUAUCUUCUUUCGUAAUUCAGUCCCGAAUAUCAUCAAUGAAUUAAGAUAAGAUCAAGAAGACACAUAUCCCCAAAUGACUUCACAAAUCUACAGCCAGAAGAAGUUCAUACCCACGCCGCCGGAGAAGGGCUCGUUUCCACUGGAUCACGAGGGCCUCUGCAAGAAGCAAUUUCUUCUAUACGCCAGCUGUCUGCGGCGAAACGCCCAGGACACUAGCCUGUGCCGCGAGGACGCCCAAAACUACCUUGGUUGUCGCAUGGACAACAAUCUUAUGGAAAAAACUGAAUGGUCAAAGUUGGGCUUUCACGACAAGAAACCGGCUGCAGGGGAAGACAAGCAGCAACAAUGAAACCAGAACGUAAUCUGAUUAUA